AUGGACAGGCUUUAUUCAAAAUGUCAGAUCGAUUACCCAGGCAAUUACAACAUAUGCAAGAGCUUAUAUGCAUUAGUGACAGAAGCCGUGCUACGCUUAUAUCCCAUUAUCGUCGUACAACCUAAACCUGUCCUGGAGUCCAACAAUGACUGGAGAUGGAAAUGGUUUAAGGGAUGCUUGGGAGCAUUAGAUGGAACAUAUGUUCCGGUACGUGUGCCUAGUAAUUUGCACCCGAAGUACAGAAAUAGAAAGGGUAGUGUGUGUGUAAACGUAUUAGGCGUAUGUGAUGUGGAUAUGCAGUUUUCUUACAUCUUGGUCGGGUGGGAAGGGUCAGCCGCAGACAGUAGAGUUUUAAGGGACGCGGUACGGCGACAACGUGGUUUACGUGUUCCUUCGGGUAAUUACUAUCUUUGCGAUGGUGGGUAUACAAACGGUCCGGGCUUUCUAGCACCAUUUAGGGGUGUGCGCUAUCAUUUGCACGAAUUUGGUGAAGGUCCUCGAGCACCUAGAAAUCCUAGGGAAUUAUUUAACCUUAGACAUGCUAGAGCAAGAAACAUGAUUGAAAGGGCCUUUGGAGUAUUGAAGAUGAGAUGGGCCGUCCUUAGAAGUAAAACAUUUUUCGACAUAGUCACUCAAAAUAGAGUGAUUUUGGCGUGUUGCCUUCUUCAAAACUUCAUUCGUAGUACAAUGAAUAAUGAUCCAAUGGAAGGUGACGAUGUUGUUUUUGAAAUGGAGUCAAACAUGGAAGAACCGAUACCCCCACCAAAUGACUAUGUCGAAGUGGUUGAGCCUACUAAUGAGUGGACUACUUGGAGGGAAACACUAGCUAUUUCAAUGUUCAAUGAGUGGCUGAUGGACUCUACCACUAGCAUGGGACGUGGCCCAAACGUAAACAAUCCACGGAGAAGUUGGACGAUUGAAGAAGAACGUGCACUAAUCCAAGGAUUAAAGGAGCUCGUUGCACGUGGAAUGAAAGCUGAUAAUGGGUUACGUUCCGGGUACACAUUGUUUUUAGAACAAUACAUGCGUCAACAGUUUCCGGGAACUACAAUUAGAGCCGAGCCUCACAUAACGUCGAAGAUUACGGUAUGGAAAAAAAACUAUGGUUUACUUCAACCACUGCUUCAGGAAACUUCCGGUGUUGGGUGGUCUGAAUCCGGCCACAUACUAGAAGUUGAAGAACCCGUGUGGCAAGAUUAUGUGAAGGUGUACCCAAAAGGAAAAGGAUUGCGCAACAAACCUUGGCCGUUUUACAGUGAUUGGGUAGACAUUUUUGGAAAGGACCGCGCCACAGGUGAAGGUGCUGAAGGAUUUGCAGAUGCGGUGCAAGAAGUCCUAAGUAAUACCGGUGACAAUGCCCCUGCACAAAAUGUAAGCAGUGGCGGGGGUGGUGGGGACUUCGAAUCAAAUGAGAAUGAAAUUCAGUCAUCUCCGACCCAUGGUGUUGAAAGUAGUGCAUCCGGGAGGGGUAAAAGGGUAGGCAAACGUAAACGUCUUAAAGAUGCGGAGGUUGAAGUCGUCGGCCUACUUCAUACUCUAUGCGAGAAGGCCGAUAAACGCUGGGGUGAAAUGGUGGAACGUAUUGGGGUCCAACACGACGCAAAGGAGCAACGCAAGGUUUUGUACGAGGCGUUGAAGUGUAUUCCCAUCUUGACUACCGAACAAAGAUUUAUUGUGUCAAAGUACUUUUGUCGGAACAAAGAAGAUAUGGACGUCUUUUUCAGCGUGGACGACGAGGAAAAAGCGUCAAUGGGUGUGUUAUAUUACACAGGUCAACUUCACUUUCAGCAGAUUAGUUCCUCAAGCCAACUUACUCCCAGGCACCAUCCGCUUAACAGUAAUCCAAUGGAACGUCAUGCUAGCAUGCUACGUAUUGCCGAGAGAUAUCGUCGCCCCGGUUGGUCAGCGAAUGAGGAAAGGGAGUGCUAUCGACUUUUCUUCAACCUUUGUCGUGAAACGCCCGACGUCAAUGUACCUGCCGUCUUCAACUCCUUAUGGGCACAACUGUCGAUCCAGCUGACCGAAGAGAUGCUCCAUUAUUUCUCCGUGUUGAUGGUUAAGAGUAAGAUCAGGGCACUCCAUAGGAACUUCCGGGAUUUCCUCAGGUUUCUUGAGACUCCCGGUGUCGAAGUGCAUGCGGAAUCGGGUCUUGUGAAUGUAAAUCAUACGUACUGGGCAUACGUUGGGCGGGAAACGGACAUGGAAUAUUAUUUUCGUCAUGUGGGGUUUCAAUGGUACGAAGAGUGUGUGGACCUGUGGGAUCUGAGACGUGCAGCUGGUGUGCACAUCGGGGCCGGCGAAAGAGCCUAUGACCCGAUCAUGUUUGACGACACCGAUGAGGAAAACAUUGCUGCCGAUGACCCCAACGGGGCCAACGGUGAUGAUGAUGCUGCGUUGGAUGUCGGGAAUGAACACGGUCACGGAGCCGCCGGUAAUAUGAAGGAAGUUGAAGAUGACGCAGUGGAAGAAGUUUACGAGGACGAGUACGCGGCUGAAGCCGCCGCAGUGGAGGUGGUUCAAAUUGAAGAAGACCACGCACCAGAUGAAAUGGAUAUCGACACAGACGUCGACUCAUGCGUUGACUCAGACUAG